AACUCUGUUUAGUUGGCCAGAAGAGUGCGCGCCUCUUCAAACCCCUUUAACGUUGCCGAACCUCCUCCAACGGUUGGAAGGCCCGGAUCCCAAAGCAACCGUAGAUCAGAACUCCGCCAACUGUGAUGAGAAAAAAGAAAAAGAAAAAGAGAGAGAGAGAAAUAUAGCCGUUACAAAUUAGCCUUCCAAAAAAGUGGAUCCCCCCAAUUUAAAUUUCAAAUGUCCCUCAAAACCAAAACACUCACAAAUCUCUUCCCUUCUCUUUCCAAUCCCCCGUUCCCCUCCAUCUCCAAAAGCAAAUUAAACAUGGCCCUCCGAUCCCUUGACAACGCCCUCCCCACGUCGGUCGCCGAGAGGCCCAAGAAGCCCGCGGCGAAGGCGGCAGCAGCGCCGACGGCCGAGGUGCCUCGGGAUUCGCGCCAGAACGAUGAGAACUCGCCACUGCCGCUGCAGACGCAGCCGGCGAAGGCCGCGGAGCAGGCGGUGGAGUACGUCGCCUCCGACGAUCUCGAGCCCCUGCCGAAUCCUGAGUCCAAGAUCGCGAAUUUGUUGGCGGAAUUGGAUUCAAAAGAUUGGGUUAAAUCCUGUGGAGCUUUAAAUGAUGUGCGGAGACUCGCGAUUCAUCAUUCUUCUCUUCUUCUUCCCAUCAUGGAAUGUGUAAUGGUGGUGAUAGUGAAAGCAAUGAAGAACCCUAGGAGUGCAUUGUGCAAGACAUCAAUCAUGGCUUGCGCCGAUAUCUUUCGCUCCUUCGGCCGCCUCCUGCUGUCAUCCUCCACCAAAGAAGAAGCAGCUUUCGAUAACUUGCUGCUUCAGCUCUUGCUGAAAGCCUCUCAAGAUAAGCGGUUUGUGUGCGAGGAAGCCGAGAAGGCGCUUCAAACGAUGGCGGUAUCUCUGCCUCCUCUCCCUCUGCUCAAGAAGUUGAAGUCAUACGUCAACCAUACUAACCUUCGAGUCCGGGCCAAAUCCGCCGUCGCCAUAUCGAAAUGUGUCUCGAGGAUGGAGGUGGAGGUGAUGAAAGAGUUUGGAUUGGCUACACUGCUUCAAGUGGCAGCUGAGCUGCUGAAUGAUAGACUACCGGAGGCGCGCGAAGCAUCUCGGAGCAUCAUACACUCAAUCCAUAAUGGCUUCUCAAGAGAUAAUACUAGUAAUGAAAACGCGGAAAAUGAGUCAUCAACUGCAGAAUUGUGGGAGAGUUUCUGCUCUUCCAACCUGCCUCCCUUGUCAGUGCUGUCAGUAGUGAGGAUCAUAUCUCAGUAGCAGAACCUCUUUUUUUUUUCCCCUUUUGUUUUUAUUUUGUUUCCUUUUCUGCUUUUUAAUCUUCUUUGCAAGUGUGUGUUGGCAUUAUCUGUGAAAACUAGAGGACGUUUUCAUGGUAGCCCACAUUAUCAAUUUACCAGUUUUAUAUUAGCUCAGAUCUGACAUCGUAAUACUUUUACAUUAUGGUGGCUUUGUGUCUCUUACGAAACCUUCUUUGCAAAAGCCACUAGUUCUCAAUGUUGUAUGGACCUGGUCCACCGUUGCUGAUGCUUUAAAAAAGCCCAAUUUGAGAAGUUUUAAAUGAAAUUUUAAAUUGUUGGA